AUCCCGAUAUAUAGCGGGAAAAGAAAGUAGUGGCUGGGCUUUUCCGACUUUUCAUAUUCCUUCUUCUUCUACUUAUUUCUUCCCCGUCUUAUUUUAUUUUUAAUUUUCCUUUUAUCACUCGAAAAGAAAAAAAAAGUAAUUGGGGUGAGGGUUUUUGUAAAGGCCAAUGGAGGGCUCCUCUUCUCAGCUAUUUGAUGAUGAUCAAAAGUCUUCCGGCGCUUCCAAGUUCCUCUUCAACCUUCCGUCUCGCGGCCACCUCUCCUCCACCGUCAUCUCCUCCAAUCUGGGGGGGAUGCGAGUUUAUAUUUGCGAGCACAACACUUCUCCACCAGAGAGCCAGCACAUAAAGACAAACCAACAGAACAUACUUAUUAGAUCGCUCAUGCUUAAUGACAAGAAUGGUGAUUCCAGUUCAAAGGAUGUGAAAGCUGCAGCUGAGGGUCCUAGAAAGAGGGCUGCUGAAAGAGUCAUGGAUAGUAAGGCUUCAGCAAAGAAAGCCAAUACACAAGUCAGGAUUCUUUUGCUUAUUCGUGUUGCUUAUGAUACUGAGACGUUUCUUCACUUGGGAAAAGUAGCAAAGCACGAAUGCGGGAUUACAAUUGCUGAGGGAUCAAGCAGUCGUGCUGAGAAGGACUACCAUAGUUUAACCGUAGAGAGGCUUCGUGCCCUUCUUAAGGAAAGAGGACUUUCUCCCAAGGGAAAGAAGGAUGAACUGAUUGCUCGCUUGAAAUGUGUAAAUGGUUCGUCACAGAAGUCAGAGUGACGCCGCAGCUCUAUCAAUGUAUACGUUGGCAGAGGUAAAAGAGAAGUAGGCGAUCAUGUUGUCUUUUGCGUAACUUAGGAAAGUGACACCAAAAUGGAAGAAUUACUUAAAACUUAGUGUUUCCUGAAAAUAAUGAGUAAGAGAAAUUCUAGAACCUUUGCGUUUUGGGGUUAGUAUUUGUGUUCACUUUCAAGUCCUUUUUUUUCUUUUUAGUUUUGCUUUUGUUUUUUUUAUUUAGUUGCCAUCUUCCCUUAAAAGAUAAUAUGAUUUUCAUUAUUAAUCUUUUAAUUAAAGUAAAUUAAUUAAAGAAAAAUAAUAA